AUGUUUGUGAACGGCUCACUUUCAGUAAAGGUCAAGAAGGGAGCAGCUUCAGCAUCAGUGGCACGUGCCGCAGCGCACACGCGUCGAACAGCUGGUGUCGCUACAGCAAAGCGUACAGGUGCUACGCGUUCGCCUGUGCAAAUGGUUCUUGCUCCACACGUCGCGCAGCCGCUGGAGACAGUGGUAGCUUUUGCGAACACACAAAGUACCAGCUUGCUCACAGCAGCAAAUGAAAGCGACUUUGGCGGUUAUUUCAUUCCGGCGAUAUCGCUCAUCAUACUCGGUGCGAUUAUCCUGGCGCUCUCGCCACCACUGCGUGACUAG